GUUGUGGCUCGUGCUCUCCUGGCCUCGCCUCGCGCUCACCUCGCUCGGUUUCUGACCCCCGCCAUGGAGGAGGCCGAGACGGACGCCACGGAAAGCUCUCGCGCCUCCGAGGCCAAGCGAGCCUGUGCCAUGCCGCCGCCUCCGCCGCCGCCUCCCAUCUCUCCGCCCGCCCUCACCCCGGCGCCCGCGGCCGGCGAGGAGGGCCCGGCGUCCCUGCCCGAGGCGGGCGCGCCCGGCUGCUCCCGCUCCCGGCCGCCCGAGCUGGAGCCCGAGCGCAGCCUGGGCCGCAUGAGAGGCCGCUUCGAGGACUACGAUGAGGAGUUGGAAGAGGACGAGGAGAUGGAGGAGGAAGAGGAGGAGGAGGAAGAGAUGAGCCACUUCUCGCUGCGGCUGGAGUCGGGGCGGCCGGACUCGGAGGACGAGGAGGAGCGCCUGCUUAACCUUGCUGAACUAACCCCAUACAUCAUGUGUUCCAUUUGCAAAGGUUACUUAAUAGAUGCUACCACCAUCACAGAAUGUCUUCACACCUUUUGUAAAAGUUGCAUAGUAAGACAUUUUUACUAUAGCAACAGAUGCCCAAAAUGCAGCAUCGUUGUCCACCAGACACAGCCUCUUUAUAAUAUAAGGUUGGACCGACAGUUACAAGACAUAGUAUACAAAUUAGUGGUGAAUCUAGAGGAAAGAGAAAAAAAGCAAAUGCAUGAUUUCUAUAAAGAAAGAGGUCUGGAAGUACCCAAACCUGCUGCUCCCCAGCCAGUCCCUUCAAGCAAAGGAAAAACUAAGAAAGUCCUAGAGUCGGUGUUCCGUAUUCCACCUGAGCUUGAUAUGUCCUUAUUACUUGAGUUCAUUGGUGCUAAUGAAGAUACAGGACAUUUUAAGCAUUCACUGAGAUUUGAGCCUUUGGAAAAGAAGUUUGUGCGUGUUUCAGGAGAAGCAACUAUUGGGCAUGUAGAGAAAUUUCUUAGAAGAAAAAUGGGUCUUGAUCCAGCUUGUCAGGUAGAUAUCAUCUGUGGUGAUCACUUAUUGGAACGAUACCAAACUCUACGGGAAAUCCGGCGUGCAAUAGGUGAUGCAGCAAUGCAGGAUGGUCUGCUAGUUCUUCAUUACGGUCUUGUGGUUUCUCCUUUGAAAAUAACUUGAAGACACCAGGGUAUAUGAGGAGGGAAUCACAAUCUGGAGGCUUCUGCCGGUCUGCGUCACACCAAAGAUUCUCAAGAAACAUGUAGCCACCACUACUUUAUGGUGUUAAAGAGCUAGCUUCUGUUUUCUGCAUCAGAGCCCUAGCAUUGUAUGUACAACUUGAAACAAUAGAAUGUAUUUGCUACACUAGAGACUAUGUAAAAAUCACUCAGAACUCAGGGGAAAAACUGAAAACACUGAAUUUUUAAAUUCCUUGUGAUUGCAAGUACAAGGAAGCUACUGGUUGCUUCCCAUCUUUGAGGUAGGUUGGCCUUUUGGCAGCUAGGAUUCUGCCCUCCAGACUGCAUGUGUUGGGUGGGUGUUCUUGGAGAACAGCUUUGCUUUGAAUUCAAAGCCAGUCUGUUAAAUUGCAGGGUGCACUCAGCACAGGAACUACUGACCAUUUACACGAUCUGUCUUAUUCUGAAUGUUAAAAAAACAGAGAUCCUAUUAAAGCAGUGUGAUUCAGCUCUGAGACAGUGGAGACACUGUCUCCUGCAGAUAUGGCUCUCAACAUCCCUUAAAUACAAGGUGCUUCUUUGUGAUGGUUUAUUUGCAUAUAUCAGUGCCACAGGAACACAUCAGUGUCAUAAGGUUCCCUCUGUGUGGCCAUUGCUUCUAAAGGUAGCAGAAAAUUUCAGGUGAAUUACCAGUUUACAGGGUCCUUAUUGUUUUCUCAGUCACUCAGCUUAAUUGAUUCUGUGUUUAAUGUUUGUUUCCUCAUCACUGGGAUAAAGAAUGAGAGUCUCUGAGAACCCUACUUCCAUGAAGACUUAAUUUUAAAUUAGCUUCCUGAUGCUUUCUAAAAGAAAUAUUUUAUAGACUUUUAUUUCACAGCAAAAUUUACAGAAACUUACAAAAUUGGACUUAGAUUGGCAAUUGUUUUGUAAAGAACUUAUGAAUUGUGUGUAAAUCUCUUCUACCUUUAAUAAAAAUUUAUUUUACCCAA